AUGGCUGGUGGCGGCCGUAAACCCGUCGCUCCGCGUACCAACUCCGAGGCACCGCACAGCACCGCUCUGCGUCGCUCCACGCGGGCAGCAGCAGCAGCAGCUUCCGCCGCGGCCGCUCGUUCCGGCGACGACCCCGCCGCUGACGACGCCGCGAUCGGCGCUGUGACUGGCGGAAAAAAGGCGGAGGGGGAAGGCGCGGGGAAAGGGCGCGCGGGGGUCAAGCGCGCGAGAGAGGUACCCAGCGGGAGCGGGAAGGGGGAAGCGGGGAAGGGCGCGGUUGGGGGAGGUUGGACGGGGGGGAGGGCGCGGUCACUGGGAAGUGGGGGAGCGGCAGCAGGGGGGAAAGGGAAAAGGGGGAAAGCAGCAGCGCUGAGCGAAGAAGAAGAGGAAGAGGAGGAGGAGGCGGAGGAGGAGGAGGAGGAGGAGGAGGAGGGAGGGAGGAGGAGGAGGAGGAGGAGGAGGAGGAGGAGGAGGAGGAAGAGGAGAAGGGGAAGAAGAAAUGGGGGAAGAGGGGAAGACCCGCGGGCCCACGUGGAAGGAGACGAGGAGGGCAGAAAGGGGAAAGAAGCCGUCACUGGCGGGCAGGUGAAAAAAGGUCGGGGCAAGGCCGGGCAGAAAAAACCCGGGCAGCUGACGAAAAAAGAGCAGAUGGAGAUUGCGAAAAGAAUGGAGGCCGAUGCCGAAGCUAGUCAGGAGCCUUGGAAGGUUCUGGUGCACCGAAAGCUGCGACCUGAUUGGUUCCCGUAUGAUCCCAAGAUGAUGAGGAAAGCUGACGUGGAUGAAGGGGGGAGUGAGCUGGCAGAGGGGGGACGGGAGGUUGGAGGGGAGAAGGGAGCGGAGGAAGGUGGAGGGAAGGAAGGGGAGAAGGGAGGAGGACGGAAGAAGGAUCUGGAGGCUGCUGACGUGGCGGCUGACGUGUCUGCUGACGUGGCGGCUGAGGCGACCGUACUGUGCCGAUUGGCCGAGAGGGAGCGUGCUGACGUGGUGUGCCUGCAGGAAACGAAGCUGCAGGAGAAGGACGUGGGGGAGAUUCAGAGGGCUCUGUCUCCUACCUUUCCGCAUUCCUAUUGGAGCUGCAGCACUGCUAAGCUUGGGUAUUCUGGCACGGCAGUGCUGUCUAAGGUACCCCCUCUCUCAGUGAGCUACGGCAUCAGCAAGCCAGAGCACGACAAGGAGGGGCGCGUGGUGACAGUUGAAUUCGUGCCUUUCUUCCUCGUGUGCUGCUACACACCCAAUUCUUCUGAAAAGCUAGUCCGCCUGGACUAUCGCACCAAGGAAUGGGACGUCGCAUUCGGCAACUACGUCAAGGAACUGGAGAAGCAGAAGCCAGUGGUUGUAACCGGAGACCUCAACUGUGCGUUCGGCGAGAUCGACAUUUUCCACCCCGAGGGCAACCGAAGGAGCUCGGGCUUUACUGAUGAGGAGCGGGCGUCGUUUGCAGCUAACCUGCUGGGCGUGCCCUGGGACGGGGGAGAGGGGGGAGAGGAGGGGAAGGGGGGAAGUGCCGGGGAGAGUCGGAACGGAGGGGAGAACGGGGGAGGGAUGGGGAAGGGCGAGGGUGGGGAAGAGGAGGGGCGAGGGGAAGCAGCAGGGUUGGUAGAUACGUUUCGGCAGCAGCAUCCCAAUGCUGUGGCCUAUACCUACUGGGGGUAUCGGUCCAAGGCCAGACCAGCGAAUAGAGGAUGGCGACUGGAUUACUUUCUUGUGUCCCAGUCACUUGCAUCAAGAGUGCAUGACUCCUACACCAUGCCAGAUGUGCCCGGCAGUGACCAUUGCCCGCUGGGACUAGUGCUGAAGAUGUGA